AUGAGACAAAGACGUUGGCUUGAACUCCUUAGUGACUAUGAUUGUGACAUCCGUUAUCAUCCGGGUAAGGCCAAUGUGGUAGCCGAUGCCUUGAGCCGGAAGGAACGAGUUAAACCAAGACGUGCUAGGGUUAUGAGCCUCACGGUAGGACCAAACAUUCGCGAUCAAAUCAUUGCGGCUCAAGUACAAGCCACUCGACCAGAAAACUUUGGUAAUGAGAAUUUGGAUGGUAUGGAGCAACAAUUCGAUAGGAAGAGUGAUAAUGGGCUCUAUUUAGUUGGAAGGCUCUGGCGAGAUGUGGCUAGGUAUGUGAGUGAGUGCCUUACUUGCUUACAAGUGAAAGCCGAUCAUAAGAAGCCACCCGGAUUAUUAGUGCAACCCGAGGCCCCCGAAUGGAAAUGGGAACACAUUGCAAUGGACUUCAUAACGAAGUUACCGAAGACAAGAAGUGGUCGCGAUACAAUUUGGGUGAUAGGAUCGGUUAACGAAGUCGGCUCAUUUCGUGGCCAUUCGUGA